AUGCCAGGUAAAUCGCUUUGUAAUAAAAAGGGCGAGUUCAAGGGACUACCAUCAAUCUUCCGAGAGACGAUUUCUCUUGAACACCCGAUCUACAAGCCCGCUAAGGGGAGAUAUUGGUUAUACGUGGCGCUCACAUGUCCCUGGGCGCACAGAACUUUGAUCACAAGAGCCUUGAAAGGGCUGACUUCUGUGAUCGGGUGCAGCGUCGUGCACUGGCAUCUGGAUGACAGAGGCUGGAGGUUCGUUGAAGCGGGAGAUGGAAAGAAAACCGAUGAGAGGAACUGGUUCGACGUCGCAGGCGGUAUCACCUCAACGGGACUAAACAAUAGCACGCCCGCGGCGGGCGUCUCCAAUGGCGCGCACAGGCUCUUGACGGACGGCACGGACGAACCUCACUACGGGUACAAGAGGCUAAGCGACCUGUACUUCAAGAGCAAGCCGGACUACGAUGCGAGGUUCAGCGUGCCCGUUCUGUGGGACCUGAAAACACGCACGAUCGUCAACAACGAAAGCAGCGAUAUCAUCAGGAUCCUGAACUCGUCUGCGUUUGACGAGUUCGUCGAAGACGAACCCCGUCACCUCAACCUGCUGCCCCAGUCCCUACAGCCACAGAUCGAAGAGUUCAACUCAUGGGUGUACGAAAACAUCAACACCGGCGUCUACAAGGCCGGGUUCGCAGAGAGCGCAGAGGCCUACGAAAAGGAAGUGGCCAACCUUUUCCAUUACCUUGACAAACUGGAAACCCUGCUUCGCGRGAAAUACGCACGACUAGAGGCGGAGUACGGCCAAAGCAACAAGGACAAGAUCCUGGCUCGGUAUUUCGUCGUCGGUGACCGCCUAACCGAGGCGGACGUGCGGUUGUACCCAACGAUAGUAAGAUUCGACGUGGUCUACCACCAGCACUUCAAGUGCAAUUUCGCCACCAUCAGAGGCGGGUAUCCCCAUAUCCAUAAGUGGCUCAGAAACAUGUACUGGCGCCACACUGCCUUCCAACGCACCACGGACUUUAACCACAUAAAGCUCGGAUAUACCCGGUCGCAGCCACGGAUUAACCCACUAGGCAUCACCCCGCUAGGACCCAAACCUGACAUCAUACCUCUAUAA